UCCAUAUCAGACCAUAGUGAAAGUGAAAGCAAAAUGAAAUACUUCAAAUUAAUCCUGACCAUUAGUCUGGGAAUUUUCUGCCUGGUGGAUGAGCUGCAGGGCCAUGGCAUGAUGUUGGAUCCCGUGGGGAGAUCUUCGCGUUGGCGCUACGACUCUUCGGCGCCCAUAAACUACGACGAUAAUGGAUUGUAUUGCGGUGGACUUUGGAAACAAACCCUAAACGGAGGCCGCUGUGGACUCUGCGGCGACGAUUGGAGCAUGGAACAGCCGCGACCCAAUGAACUGGGUGGCGAAUAUGGCAGUGGAGUCAUUGUGAGGACCUUUGCGGGCAAGAGCGAGGCUGAGAUUAAAGUAAAUAUCACGGCAAAUCAUUUGGGUUACUUCACCUUCCACCUGUGUAACCUCGAUGAGUAUGGCACCGAGUCGGAGGAGUGCUUCAACAAGAUUCCCCUCAAGUUUGCCGAUGGCAAUCUCAAGUACAACAUCAGCACCAGAAUGGGUAAUAUUCCGGUGACUCUGCAACUUCCCACGGAUCUUAACUGUGUGCACUGUGUCCUCCGCUGGACCUACACAGCGGGCAACAACUGGGGCGUGUAUGAGAAUGGCACGGGAGCCUUGGGCCGUGGCGAUCAGGAAACCUUUAAGAAUUGCGCUGACAUUAGCGUUCUAUCUGCGGCGAGAUAUCUGUUCCCUGAAGUGCCAGUGGAAGUGGUUGAGGAUGCUUGAAUUGGUAGUUCUCUUAGUGCCAAAGUCAAUCUCAUUUAAAAUAA